AUGGGGGCCAGCGACACUCUCUCGACGUCGUCAAACUCAUCGACAAUCAUGGAGAAGCAUCCCGAGAGGACGGAUCCCGAAAAGUCGGACCGCUCACCAUACGAGACCUCCACACGAACAUCCCUGGACCGCAUCCCCUCCCAGGUGCGCGAUACGGAGGCCAACAUCUACCCAGAACCCACCAAUGUCGUGGAAGCCGACAUUGAAAAGGGCAUGCAAGCCUCUGGGAGCCCGCAAUCACCGGAUGCCAAGACCGGCAGCGAUGCCACCGCGCCGGCCCCUCCCGCCGCUUCACCGGGCAUGAACCCCGCCGACUUCCCAGACGGGGGGACAGAUGCAUGGCUCACUGUCUUCGGCGGCUGGUGUGCGUUGUUCUGCACUUUUGGAUUGAUCAACUGCGUCGGCGUGUUCCAGGCGUAUUUCCUGCAGGGUCCGUUGCGCGAGUACCCAUCCUCGACGGUGUCGUGGAUUACUAGCCUGCAAGUGUGGACAAUGACCUUUAUGGGUGCUCUGUUUGGCCGCUUGUACGAUUCAUACGGGCCACGAUACCUUUUAUACGGCGGAACCGUCGUAUACGUCUUUGGACUGAUGAUGACGUCGUUGUCGACAAAGUACUACCAGUUCAUACUCGCGCAGAGUAUCGUCUCGUCAAUCGGCUCGAGCGCCGCUUUCAAUGCCUCCAUGGCUUCCGUGACAUCGUGGUUCUUCCGCCGUCGGGGUGCAGCAUUGGGAAUCAUGGUCUCGGGAUCCUCACUUGGCGGUGUCAUCCUGCCCAUCAUGAUGUCCAAGAUGAUUGAUCAAGUCGGCUUCCCCUGGGCUAUUAGAGCGGUAGCAUUUCUCUUCUUGCUUCUGCUUAGCAUCGCGUGCUUGACGGUGAAGUCGCGGUUGCCUCCGAGGCCGAGGCCGUUCCUCUUCCGGGAGUACCUCGAUGGCCUCCGCCAGCCGGUGUUUGCCGUCACCAUCUGCGCCAUGUUCCUCUUCUACUGGGGCAUGUUCCUGCCAUUCAACUUCGUCAUCUUGCAGGCCAAGGCUCAGGGCAUGGAUGAGAAUCUGGUGAUUUACCUGCUCCCCAUCAUGAACGCCGUCAGCAUCCCCGGCCGAAUCAUCCCGGGCAUUGUCGCCGAUAAGCUGGGCCGCUACAACUCGAUGAUCAUCAUCACCUUCAUCAGCGCCGUCUUCUGCCUUGCCCUGUGGAUUCCAGGAAAGGGCAACGCUGCAAUCAUCGUCUUCCUCGUCAUCUUUGGGUUCUCAUCGGGCGGGUUCAUCUCGCUCGCCCCGGCCCUCAUCGCCCAGAUUUGCGACAUCAGGCAGAUCGGCAUCCGUACCGGGACUGCCUACGCGCUCCAGUCUUUUGGAGCCUUGACUGGCAGUCCCAUUGCCGGUGCCAUUGUGGCAUCGUAA